AUGGGUUCAUCAUCAUCCAAGCCAGCGCGCAAGCUCGGGUCGGAAGUUGCUUCCACCGUGUCGCGCUCUGUUCCAUCGGCGGCCAAGGCCAAGCCCAAUCCCGCCCCCGCCGCUUCCGCACGUGUGCCACCGACUGAGUAUGCCGCUUCGACCGCACAGCAGAGCUCGCAGUAUGCGCCAUCGGCAGCCACACGCCGCGAGCAGGAGACACAGCGACAGCAGAGCCAGGCGAGCGAGACCAAGUCGGCCGACAUCAUGCGCGACGCCUACGACCCGCAGUUCCUCCACAACCUCUCGCGUCUCGGCCAGGUCCAGGUACCCAAGAACGCCACCAACUAUCAGCCUAAUGAUCAAAUGCUUCGGAUCUUGGAGGCGCGUGAGCGGGCGAAUUUGGACAACGUCCAAUCCGACGUGUUUGCCUCUUCUUCGGCGCCUGCCAAGACGAGUGGACCCGCACGCGUCCCGGCGCACACGAUUACUAUGCUACUCGACGAUCGAAAGCACUGCGAGACACGUGCGGAUCUGGAGAAGCUCGCGGUGGAGUACGACCUGCCGCUCGCAACCAUCGAGAAGCUGGCGCGAUAUUACAACUCGCCCACCAUGGGUGAGGAGGUGCGCGACGAAAGCGACAACGCCCAAGACCAGGCUAAUCGUCAGGACGAACGCGCUCCCCCCAAGGUCAAGGGCGUAUGGGUCGAACCCAAGCUGCAGCCACAGAUCGAGGCCUAA